AAAGAAUAAAGUACAUUUUUUUUUAGUUGUAAAGUAUUUUUCAUUUUCACGAGGAAGUGAAAAUGGCAGAUUUAGAUAAUGUGGAUAUAUUGGAGGGAUCAGCACCCACAAAAGGUGGAAUUGUAGUUCGCAAGAAAAAAGAUAGUGCCAAACUUGAAGAAGAAGGGCCCAAAGUAUCUUUGCUUGGACUGGACAAGCUUGCUGAACAGAAACGAAGACUAAAAGAAGCAUUACUCCAAGAUCUCAAAGAGGAGGCUGAACAAAAAAAACUUGAUGAAGGUUUCCAGAAACCUCUUCUCAAGGUUGACAAAAAGAUUCUACGGGCAUCAUACGAAACACCAACCUAUACUGGAGGUGUUUCUGAUGAAGCUAGAAACAGACUACAGCACAGACAGGACCGAGAUAAACAACGCAAGUUCCAGACAACCACAAAAGUGAAAAAUGAGAAACAUAGAAAUGAAAGUCCCAAAUUUAAGCGUCCUGGUGAAAGAAGAGACGACCGUAGCAUCAGAGAAGAUAGUAAACGAUCCAGACGUUCAGAUAAUGGAUGGGAGACACCUAGAUUCCGCGAUGAACCUUCGACACCGAAGAUCCAUGUAAAAGACACGCCUUCACGAUCUAGCUGGGACGAUGACGAUCUUGCUGCUUCUAAAGGCUGGGAAAAGGAUCAAGCUGAAAGGAGAGAACGUAGAAGCCAAGCCAGUGGUGGCUCAUCAGAACGUCGUGAGAGAAGAGGAGACUGGUCCGAAAGAGGCGAUCGACGUACUUCUGACAGGUCUGAAAGAGGAGACCGACGUGAUUCAGAUUGGUCGGAACGAGGAAAUCGCAGAAGCGAUGACAGAUCUGAACGUCGAGGCUCAAACUUCUCGGAACGCAGUGAACGUAUUGCAUAUUCCCAUUACAAGAGUGCUCGGAGUCAGCGUUACAACACACCUAGAGACUCUGGUAUAGGAAGUUCAGUUGCUACCUCUGACCGUCCCGCCACACCUGAGGUGGAAAUAGAUGCAGAAGAAUGGGAAGCGGAGCAGAAACGUCUUGAUCGAGAAUGGUACGGGCUGGACGACGGUUAUGAUGCUGACGCCAGCCAACCUUUUGGCGGAGUUAGUGAAGAGUAUGCCCAGCGCAAAGAAGAGCAACUUGAACAGAAGAAGCGCAAACGUGUAUCCGCCAAGCAGAAACAGAUCCAAAAAGACAAUGAACUUUGGGAACGGAACCGAAUGUUGACGAGUGGUGUCGUCACCACGAUCGACGUCGACGAGGAUUACGAAGAAGAAGCCGAAGCUCGCGUUCAUCUUCUCGUUCACAAUAUCGUCCCACCUUUCCUUGACGGACGUUACGUCUUUACCAAACAGCCAGAAGCCGUCGUGCCCGUCAGAGAUCCGACCUCCGAUUUGGCCAUGGCAGCUCGUAAAGGUUCGGCCUUGGUUCGCGUUUACCGCGAACAGAAAGAACGAAAAAAGGCGCAAAAGAAACAUUGGGAAUUGGCCGGCACCAAGAUCGGUAACAUUAUGGGUGUAGAAGCACGUCCUGAAGAAGAUGCUGGUGCAGUUGAUGAAACAACGGGAGAAACGGAUUAUAAAACGAGUCAGCGAUUUGCUGAACAUAUGAAAACCACUGACAAUGCAUCCAGCGAUUUCGCCAAGAAGAAAACACUUCAACAGCAACGUCAGUAUCUUCCUAGCUUUGCUGUUCGCCAACAGUUGUUGACGAUCAUUCGCGAGAAUCCAGUGGUCAUUAUCGUCGGUGAAACAGGCAGCGGUAAAACAACCCAGUUGACACAGUAUCUCCAUGAAGCUGGUUACAGCAAGUACGGAAUGAUUGGUUGCACGCAACCUAGGCGUGUCGCCGCUAUGAGUGUAGCUAAGCGAGUUGCUGACGAAAUGGGCUGCACUUUGGGUGAGGAAGUUGGUUAUUCCAUCCGUUUCGAAGAUUGCACCAGCGACAAAACUAUCAUCAAGUACAUGACGGAUGGUAUUCUACUUCGUGAAUCUCUUCGUGAACCUGACCUGGACAAUUAUAGUGUUGUCAUCAUGGACGAGGCCCACGAGCGUUCCCUCAACACGGACGUACUCUUCGGUCUAUUAAGAGAUGUUGUGAGUCGCCGACAAGAUUUGAAACUGAUCGUCACAUCUGCCACGAUGGACUCGUCGAAAUUCGCCGACUUUUUUGGCAAUGUGCCCGUUUUCAUCAUCCCCGGUCGAACUUUCCCCGUGGAUCUGAUGUUCAGUAAGAACCCUUGCGAAGACUACGUCGACUCUGCUGUCAAACAGGCCAUUCAGAUCCAUCUGCAACCCACUCAAGGAGACAUCUUGAUCUUUAUGCCCGGCCAGGAAGACAUUGAAGUGACGUGCGAGGUCAUACAAGAAAGAUUAGAACAGGUUGACAAUGCACCUCCGCUAUUGGUCUUGCCAAUCUAUUCUCAACUUCCAUCCGAGUUGCAAGCCAAAAUUUUUCAAAAAUCUACCGAUGGAGUAAGGAAAUGCGUUGUGGCUACCAACAUUGCCGAGACGUCGCUUACUGUCGACGGUAUCAUGUUCGUCAUUGACGCCGGAUUUUGUAAACUCAAAGUUUACAAUCCGCGAAUCGGUAUGGACGCCCUGCAAAUUUACCCCAUCAGCCAAGCCAACGCCAACCAGCGUGCUGGCCGAGCUGGACGUACUGGUCCGGGACAGUGUUUCCGUCUCUACACGGAACGACAGUACAAAGACGAAAUGCUCGUCACUACACUACCGGAAAUCCAGCGAACAAAUUUGGCUAAUGUGGUACUCUUACUGAAAUCACUCAGCGUUCAGGAUCUGCUACAGUUUCAUUUCAUGGAUCCCCCUCCGCAGGAAAACAUGUUGAACUCGAUGUUUCAACUGUGGACCCUGGGAGCGCUAGAGAAUACUGGAGCAUUAACACCACUCGGUCGUCAGAUGGUCGAGUUCCCACUGGAUCCAGCCCUCUCUAAAAUGUUGAUCGCUUCCGUCGACAUGAAAUGCAGCGCCGACUGUCUCGUCAUCGUAUCGAUGUUGUCAGUGCCGGCCAUCUUUUUCCGACCCAAGGGUCGCGAAGAGGACUCUGACGCCGCCCGUGAGAAGUUCCAGGUGCCUGAAUCGGAUCAUUUAACUCUUUUGCACGUCUACAAUCAGUGGAAAAUCAACAAUUAUUCGUCGACUUGGUGCCAAAAGCAUUUCAUCCACCAUAAAGCCAUGCGUAAAGUUCGCGAAGUACGCCAACAGUUGAAAGACAUUAUGGACCAACUCAAAUUACCCAUCAUUUCAUCAGGCCAAGACUGGGAUGUGAUUCGCAAAUGCAUCUGCUCUGCUUAUUUCCACCAGGCAGCGCGGUUGAAGGGUAUCGGCGAGUACGUUCAUUGCCGGACUGGCAUGCCGUGUCAUUUACAUCCGACCUCAGCACUCUUUGGCAUGGGUUACACGCCAGAUUACGUCGUCUACCAUGAACUUGUCAUGACUUCCAAGGAAUACAUGCAAUGCGUGACAGCUGUAGAAGCCACUUGGCUGGCCGAGAUGGGUCCCAUGUUCUACUCGGUGAAGCAAGCAGGUGCUGGAAGAAGUCAAAAGCGACGACAAGCCCAAGAGACCAUGUCCACUAUGGAGGAAGAGAUGAAGCUGGCUCAGGAGCAAAUGGUGGCGGAAAAAGAAGAGCAACUGAAACGGGAGGAAUCUCUUCGCAAAAAAUCGGCGAUUGUUACACCUGGAAGGGCACCAGAAGGGACGCCACGUCGGACACCCGCUCGAUUCGGAUUAUAGAUAUUGUUUUCCGUUUCCUUCUUCAUCUCUUUUAAAAAAAAUUUUUCUUAAUUUACCUAUUUGAUUCUUAAUUGUGAAAUUACAAGCAACAGUGUUAUUUUUAUAAA